GCAAAUUGUAGGGUUUAGAGGAUGUACUGAUGUCAUUUAUAAAUAGCGACAUUUUAAAUGUAUAUAUAUUAUGUGCUUUACGGAAUCCACCUAUAUACGUUGACAAGGAAGUAGCUUGUAUAGAACGACAACAGCGGCACGUGUGUGUCAUGGCGAAUGCUGUUGUCAGAAACGCCGCAAAGUGAGUCUCGCGUUGCUUGGUUGUAAAAUUGACGUAAACUGACUUAAAAGCGUCGCUAUGAAGGAGGAUUCCGUAUUGAGUUUCAAAUGGCAGAGCUUUCCCUCACAUAUGGUGGUUUCCCUUGACACAUGUUACGAAAAACAACAGUUCGUCGACCUUUCGCUGGUAUGUAAAGACAACACGAUCCUGAAAUGUCACAAGAUGGUAUUAGCUAAUUCCAGUUCGUUCUUCCACCGAUUAAUCAUGGCCAACGAUCAUCCGCAUCCGAUGAUCGUCCUGCACGACGUCGAGGCCGACGACCUCAAGACUCUCGUAAACUUCAUGUACUGCGGCGAGAUACAGGUAGUUCAGAGCGAGGUUAGAAGACUGCUCAAGCUCGCCGAAACUCUGGAAGUUACCGGAUUGCGGCAUAUCCCAUUGUCAGUACUAUCCGGAGAAGAUGCCAACAACACUGUGAAGGAGCACUGCGAUAUAUGGAAAAAAACUGCCACGGUGUCACGAUUAAAGUUGGAGGAAACUAGAAGCUCGCCCAGCAAAAAUAACAGUUCUGAACAGGACAUAAACACAAAAACGCAGAGUAAAGUACCCGUACAGCCAAAGCUUAUUCCGAAAAUAAAUCCUCACAAGACAGCGAUUAAAGUUCCUCAUGAUACGACAAAGAAAAAGGAAGAGAUCAGUAUAAAUGAGCUAUAUCAACGACUGGAGAACAGCAAUUCUGGUAUCAGCAUCAUAGACAUUAAUGAUAUGCCGAGUACAAGUAAGGGAUUACCAAAUAUACCUACAUUACAAAAAAGAAAAGAACCCUCGGAUUCUGUAAUCAAUUGGCCGCAUGUGUUAUCCACGAUUGAUAAAUCGCUACCGUUCAAGAAAUUACGUUGUAUCAUGGACGAAAUAGAGAUUACAGCGACAGGAAAAUCACCUGUUCCUGUAGUAGACAGUAAACAAAAUGACCCUUUAGACAGAAGGAAAAUUAAGAAGAGUUCCAAUGAAGAUCACAGUAUGAACACAAUUUAUAUAAAGGAUGAAAUCGACAUAUCUUCGGAUAUGGAGGAAGAUGUGGAUAUGGAUCCUCUUGAGGUUGACGAUAAUGACAAUGAGAAUUCGGAAAACAGUAAAACGCCCACACAACAGUUCUUUCCACAGAUAUUAUACUAUACAUUAAAAGCUCCACCUCCUUACCCAGAAUAUUCUGCCAGAAAAGGUCCAAACAGUUAAUGCAAAAUUUCAUAAACUGGAAAAGAAUUAUAUAAAAGUUUCAU